UUACCUACCUACUCUUUCCUUUUAUAACCUUAAAACUAACCUAAAACAAGACAAAAAUAAUAAAUUCAAGAACCCUUAUGUUAACACUUUACUGAUCUGUGAUUCACAUAAAGAUGUUUACGAUUACAACCAUAUGUAAAAAUGUUUCUUUCAGCAGCUAUCUUGUCUUACAGGCGAGAUUAAAAUCCAAAACUCAUUGGGCUAAAUUGAAGAAGAAAACCAGUUCUAAAUACAAGGCCAUGAAUCACUUCGAUGAUUUUUAUGGUUCUAUUUUUGGUGAUAAAUGGAAACCCAUGAAAGAGGCUCUACUCCGACGAAAUAAAUAUGUAGCAGUGGUCAAUAACUAUGGUGAACCAGAGGAAACCAUAGAAUUUCUUACAAAUAGAGGUGCACACUGUCUCAACAAACUAACAUCUGUACAGCAAGAAUUCUAUAAACAAUACCCACCUGAAAAAAUAGAAUUAAGCAAACAAAACAAUGGUAAUAAUAAAUUACAAGACUAUAGAGAGAAACUACAAACAGAAGAAAUAUCAAAUCUUUAUCAUCAAAAAGAGGCACCAGAGCAACUGGACUUUUCUGAUGUAUCCUUGAAAUAUUCUAAUGAACAAGAAGAAAGCAAACUAAAUGACUCAAAAUCAAACUAUGAGAGUGCAAAAGAACAAACAAUUAAUCAUGAUAUUGAUCAGUCACGCAUCAUAGACCCUUCAAUGGGCAUAUCAUCAGAAGCACUUUACCAAUAUAUACCUGCCACAAAACUUAAAGGAAUGGAUGACUGGGUACCAGAGUCAUUGCAUUAUUCAUUUUAUUCCAAAAGUAAUGAUUUUCCAUUAGUAAUAGACCCGGAAACGGAGUUCAAGAUGCCUGAACAUUUGAAAGUAUAUACUUACGAAAUGGACAGUGAAUGGAAAAUGUUCCCAGAGCCUAAAAGAUGUACAACAGGUGUUUACAACUAUUACCCAAUGGACUGUGGCAGUGUACUAGCGGUGCUGGCGCUGUGUUUGGCACCCGGCGACCGACUCCUGGACCUGUGCUCGGCGCCCGGUGGCAAAGCUCUGGUCGCUCUACAGACCCUGUUACCGGAUAUCGUCGUCUGUAAUGACACAUCCAUAUCCAGAUGUAACAGACAACACAGAAUAUUCCGUGACUACCUGUUCGACUUCAACACUAGCAAUAAAUGGCGUGAGCGCGUCAUGUUCACCAAUGUGGACGGAAGACUGUUUACCGAUGAUCAGGGAUUUGAUAAGGUAUUAGUUGAUGUUCCAUGCACUACCGAUAGGCACUCGGUGACAGAAGAUGAAAACAACAUAUUUAGGCCAGACAGAAUCAAAGAGAGGCUAAGGUUACCCGAACUCCAAGCUCAGCUCUUGACGAAUGCCUUGACACUGGUGCGCGUGGGCGGUGCGGUCGUAUACUCCACGUGUUCCUUGAGCCCGAUUCAGAACGACGGCGUCGUACAUAUGGCGUUAAAGAACGCCUUUCAAGACCACUCCAUAGUGGCCGCUGUUAAGGAUCUGACAGCGUCUUUCGCCGGUUUGAGCAGCACAUUGCAGCUUGGUUCGGGCGACAUCGCCCCCCAGUACGGCCAGCUUGUGGUCCCCACCAUUGGUGCUAAUUUCGGUCCCUCGUAUAUUGCUAGGCUUGUCCGUGUCAAAUAAAAUAAAUGAAAUAAAAAGAAUUUUAAAAAAUAUUUAAAUAACCUUAAUUUUAUUAAAAAAUUCGAAUACAUUUUUGAAUAAUCUUUUAUAAUUCUUGCUCAGUUCGAAAUAGAAUUUCAGCUGAGAAGAACGAGCGAGAAACUCGGCAAUAGAUAGAAAUGUGUAUAUUAUAUUCCUCAGUGACUGUAUACAUUAAAUUAUAACAUUUUCUGUA